AAACAAUCUACACAGCGUCGAUGAUAAGUAGCGAACCAACAAAAUAAAAUUGUUUAUUUAAAAGCGAAAAAAGGCUGCAAGACGCAACCAGUAAAAGACGAUCUUGUCAAAAAACAAAAUGAUUUCGUUGGAGUUCUUAUUGGUCGUUGUUCUUCUAAUCAUUUGUUUGUGUUACUAUCGGUAUCAUGUGUACAGCUAUUGGAGCCGAAUGGGUGUUAAAUGUUUUUCACCCAGUUUUCCGUUCGGUAAUUUUGGAAAAACAUUUAUGAAACGAAUUUCUAUUGGCGAAUUGCUACAAGAAUUCUAUCAAUCGGUGAACGAACCAUUUUUCGGUCUCUAUUCAAUGUUCGAUCCGGUGUUAGUGGUAUGCGAUCCACAGUUAAUUCGAUCGGUAUUGGUGAAAGACUUUCACCAUUUCACCGACCGCGGUUUUUACAUGGACGAAGUACGUGAUCCACUAACGGGAAACUUGUUUUCUCUCGGAGGGGAUAAAUGGAAGCAAUGGCGGGUCAAACUGUCCCCGGCCUUUACAUCUGGGAAAAUAAAAGCGAUGUUUUCGUCUAUUGUUAAAUGUGCUGACCCAUUGGAGGCACAUAUGGUGAAGUUAGCUGAAAAAGAGUCGUCCGUUGAAGUACGAGAUUUGUCAGCCGGAUUUACAACAAAUAACAUUGCAUCGACCGCAUUUGGUCUUGAAAUCGAUUGUAUUGCUGAUCCAAAUACACCGUUUCGAAAGUAUGGAAAGAAAUACUUUUCGUUGGAUGUUAAAAACGGAUUCCGCAUAAUGGCGCAAACAGUUUGUCCAAGUUUGUUGAAAAUAUUAGGAAUAAAAGCCAUGGACCAAGAUGUAGAGGAUUUCUUUAUCGAUUCAGUCAAGCAAACGUUAUCGUACCGGGAAGAUAACAAUGUGACCAGACCCGACUUCUUUCAGCUAUUAGUUCAGCUACGCAACAGUGGAUUCGUCAACCGAGAUGGCGACCACAGUUGGGAAACAAAAAUAACGAAGAAUGAGGAUGAAAAGGCCUUGACUCUGAAUGAGGUCGCAGCGAAUGCUUUCAUAUUCUUCAUUGCUGGAUUCGAAACGUCUUCCAGUACGAUGGCAUACUGUCUUCAUGAACUUGCAAAAAACCAUGAACUUCAACGGCGAGCUCAUCAAGAAAUCGACGAAGUGAUGAAAAAGUACAACGACGAAAUCACUUACGAGAGUAUGACGGAAUUGAAAUUCUUGGAAUGUUGUAUCGAUGAAACUUUAAGGAAAUAUCCAGCUCUACCAGUUCUUACCAGAACGUGCACGAUUCCAUACACCAUUCCCGGUACCAACGUUCAUAUCAAUAGAGGAACACUUGUUAUGAUACCAGUAUUUGCUCUUCAUCGUGAUCCCACUUUCUACCCGGAUCCGGACACAUUCAAUCCAGAUCGGUUUUAUGUCGAUAAUAUUGGCGCAAAGCCGUUCGUUGAACAACCAAUGUUACAAUUCGGAGAUGGGCCAAGAAUAUGUCCCGGAAUGCGAAGUGGGAAGUUGACAACGAAAAUUGGACUGUUGAAAAUGUUGAGCAAAUGUCGUUACGAUUUGGCCGGACCUGCCGAUAUCAAAUUCAGUUCGUCGAGUUUGGUAUUAAGUCCGAAUCAUGGAUUGAAAUUGAAGGUUACGCUGAGGAAAUAAAAUUCCAGUUCUUCAAUGUCUCUGCAUUUAUUAACCGGUUUAGAAUUUUGUCCGAUUUUUUUUUAAAUUCUCACUGUCGUUGUCUUUAUCUGAAAAAUUUUUGUACUCAAAUAACAGCGCUAUUGAUAUCACGUUUUCUGUAUUGGUUUC